AUGGCCAGUGAGAACUCUCCUCUGCUGGCCUACCGGCUCCUGGGGGAGGAGGGGGUUUCCUUCCCUGCCAAUGGGGCUGGAGGUCCUGGAGGGGCACCGGCCCGGAAACUCUCCACCUUCCUGGGUGUGGUGGUGCCCACGGUCCUGUCCAUGUUCAGUAUAGUGGUCUUCUUGAGGAUUGGGUUUGUGGUGGGUCAUGCUGGUCUGCUUCAGGCUUUGGCCAUGCUCCUGGUUGCCUACGUCAUCCUGGCCCUCACGGUGCUGUCCGUCUGUGCCAUCGCCACCAAUGGAGCCGUGCGAGGGGGCGGAGCCUACUUCAUGAUCAGUCGGACUCUGGGGCCCGAGGUUGGCGGCAGCAUCGGCCUGAUGUUCUACCUGGCUAAUGUCUGUGGCUGCGCCGUCUCCCUGCUGGGGCUGGUGGAGGCCAUACUUGACGUCUUCGGGGCUGAUGCCUCGGGGUCCAGUGGCCUCCGGGUCCUGCCCCAGGGCUACGGCUGGAGCCUGCUCUAUGGCUCCCUGCUGCUGGGCCUGGUGGGCGGGGUCUGUACCCUGGGGGCCGGCCUCUAUGCCCGGGCCUCCUUCCUCACAUUUCUGCUGGUCUCCGGUUCCCUGGCCUCCGUGCUGGUCAGCUUUGUGGCUGUGGGGCCCAGGGACAUCCCGCUGGCCCCUCGGCCUGGCCCCAACGGCUCUUCCCUGCCGCCCCAGGUCGGCCACUUCACUGGCUUCAACAGCAGCACCCUGAAGGCUAAUCUGGAUGCUGGCUACGCCAAGGACUACACCACGGGGGCCAUGAUGACCUUCGCCAGCGUCUUUGCUGUUCUUUUUAACGGCUGCACGGGCAUCAUGGCUGGGGCCAACAUGUCAGGGGAGCUGAAAGACCCCAGCCGGGCCAUUCCUCUGGGCACGAUCGUUGCUGUUGCCUAUACUUUCUUCAUCUACAUCCUGCUUUUCUUCCUCUCCAGCUUCACGUGUGACAGGGUGCUGCUGCAGGAGGACUAUGGCUUCUUCCGAGCCAUCAGCCUGUGGCCCCCACUGGUGCUGGUUGGGAUCUACGCCACGUCACUCUCCGCCUCCAUGAGCUCCCUCAUUGGCGCCUCCCGCAUCCUCCACGCCCUGGCCCAGGACGACCUCUUCGGAGUGGUCCUGGCGCCGGCCAAGGUGGUAUCCCGAGGGGGGAACCCCUGGGGGGCUGUGCUGUAUUCCUGGGGCCUCGUGCAGCUGGUGCUUCUGGCCGGAAAGCUGAACACGCUGGCCGCUGUGGUCACCGUCUUCUACUUGGUGGCCUACGCUGCCGUGGACCUGUCCUGCCUGAGCCUGGAGUGGGCCUCGGCUCCCAACUUCCGCCCCACCUUCAACCUCUUCUCCUGGCACACCUGCUUGCUGGGGGUGGCCUCCUGCCUGCUCAUGAUGUUCCUCAUCAGCCCCGGGGCCGCCGGCGGCUCCCUGCUCCUCAUGGGCCUGCUUUCUGCCCUGCUCACGGCUCGAGGAGGGCCCAGCAGCUGGGGCUACGUCAGCCAGGCCCUGCUUUUCCACCAGGUGCGGAAGUACCUGCUCCGGCUGGAUGUCCGGAAGGACCAUGUGAAGUUCUGGCGGCCACAGCUGCUGCUCCUAGUGGGGAACCCCCGGGGUACCCUGCCUCUGCUGCGAUUGGCCAACCAGCUCAAGAAAGGGGGUCUCUACGUGCUGGGGCAUGUCACCCUGGGAGACCUCGACUCUCUACCCUCAGACCCCGUGCAGCCGCAGUACGGGGCAUGGCUGAGCCUGGUGGACCGGGCCCAAGUGAAGGCCUUUGUGGAUCUCACCCUCUCGCCCUCUGUGCGCCAGGGGGCUCAGCACCUGCUGCGGAUCUCUGGUCUUGGUGGCAUGAAGCCCAACACGCUGGUCCUGGGUUUCUAUGACGAUGCUGCACCCCAGGAUCACUUCCUAACGGACCCGGCUUUCUCUGAGCCUGUGGAUGGCACCCAGGAGGCCGGGGCCCCAGCCCUGAGCACCCUGUUCCCUCCACCCCGGGCUCCUGGGAGCCCCCGGGCUCUCAGUCCCCAGGACUACGUGGCCACCGUGGCAGACGCCCUGAAGAUGAACAAGAACGUGGUCCUGGCCCGGGCCUGUGGGGCCCUGCCCCCUGAGCGGCUGAGCCGGGGGUCUGGGGGCACCUCCCAGCUGCACCAUGUGGACGUGUGGCCCCUCAACCUGCUGCGGCCCCGGGGCGGGCCCGGCUAUGUGGACGUGUGCGGCCUCUUCCUGCUGCAAAUGGCGACCAUCUUGGGCAUGGUGCCUGCCUGGCACAGUGCCCGCCUCCGGAUCUUCUUGUGCUUGGGGCCUCGGGAGGCCCCGGGGGCGGCUGAGGGGCGGCUGCGGGCACUGCUGAGCCAGUUGAGGAUCCGGGCCGAGGUGCGGGAGGUGGUGUGGGGCGAGGGGGCCGCCUCCGAGGAGCCGGAGGAGGAGGAGGAAGGGGACUUUGUGAACGGCAGGCGGGGAGACGCUGAGGCAGAGGCCCUGGCAUGCAGCGCCAACGCCCUGGUUCGGGCCCAGCAGGGGCGUGGUAGAGGAGGGCCCGGUGGGCCUGAGGAAGGGGAUGGUGAAGUGGGGCCCACCACCGCCCUCACCUUCUUGUACCUGCCGAGGCCGCCUGCUGAUUCUGCCCGCUACCUGCGCUACCUGGCGCUCCUGGAAAUUCUGAGCCGAGAUCUGGGCCCCACGCUGCUCAUUCAUGGUGUCACCCCUGUCACUUGCACUGAUCUCUGA